GGCGCCAGCCGCGCUGCCGGAGCGGCCGGGCGGGGCGGCCCCUCCGCGCCCCCCACCCGCUUUGGGGGCGCCCGGAGGGGGUCCCCUUUCACCAGCCGGCUCCUUGCAGGAAUCCCCAGUGUUUUAGUCGGUCAAAAGCCGGACGCCGUUUUCCCACGAGCAGGGCAAGCCGGAAACGGAUGGGGCGCGUUCACACGUGCAAUCGGCCAGCAUGACGAGACGACGCAACUUCGGACCGCAACCGUAGUCGUUCGCAGGUUUUCGCGGGGGCUUUUUCGCCGGCUUCCUGCAUCCUGUUUCGGCCCCGGGAUUCCCAUGUUUUCCUCGCCCGCGGCGAACGAGCGAUGGAGCGUCCACUUUGAUCCUGCCUCGUCCGCGACCCCGGUGCCCGUCGUCUCCGGACGCAAGCGCAAAGCCAACUUCUCCAACGAUGAGACGGAAACCCUGGUCUGGAACGUGGUCCGGCAUUUCGGUGCCUUGUACGGCGCCGAAUCCUUCCGGGCGCAGCCCGUACGGCGCAGGCAGCUGUGGACGCAGAUCCAGACCCGGGUCAACUUCCUCGGCUACACCGAGCGUUCGGUGGACGAUCUGAAGCACAAAUGGCGGGAUCUGCGGCUGGACGUCAAGAAGAAGAUCACGGCUUCCCGGGCCGGAAAGCCUUACAAACCACGAUUGACGCCGCUGGAGAAGAUGGUGGCUUCCACGUUCCUUCAGCCUAGCCAUGAGUCGGAACCGGAGAUCGUCCUGGACCCAGAGUUUUUCUUCCCGGGAGCCUCCCAAAAGAUGUUUGGGCCUAUACACUCGGCAACCAGCCAAUCCAGUCUUUACAUUAACACUGACGGACAGUCGUCCACUCUGCCCGAACUGGAAGGGUCCGUCCAGCCCCGCCUGAGUGUCCGGAGUCCAAACUUGUCGCUAACUGGAGACUGCAGCAAAGGCGAAGGGCAGAACAGCUCCGCUGACUCGGGUGCAGAGCUCCAGAUUCCAGAAACGCCGACCGUCUCUCCCCCGCUGAGAAAGGACUCCCGGUUUUCCUACAUUUGCGAAGAGGAGAACGAGGAAGACCCGGAUGUGGACGAGGAUCUCGAUCUCUCCCUCUCGGCCGAGCAAGACCUGAAAUUCUCCCGUCAGCAAGCCAUGUUCCUCCGUCGCUACACUUCGCAGGGAUCGCUGGUGUCCGUGCCGGAGGACACCCUUAGCCAGGCGGACAGUCACUCGGAGUGGGGUCGCGACGGGAGUGCUGACCUUCCUGUCCUGGGACCCCAGACCGGGGAGGAAGAAGAAUCGGAGCCCCCCAACGCGGAUCUCGGUGCCUUCCCAUGGGGAUCGAUGGAUCCGGCAUGGGAGAAACAGCCACACGACGAGGAUCGGCCGUCGUCCAGAUCUCCACUAACCGAAGAGUCCCUGCCUCCUGCAUCGCCCCGCGCAGACCAGGCGUCCCCUUCGCGCUCCUUGCGGCGGGGAAUCGGGGGCUCCCGCCCACCUUGGAGGACCACCCUCCAUCGCUUAAUGGAGAUGGAAAACCAGUGGGAUCAGCUCUACCACCACGAGUUAGCCACGUGGCAAGAGGAACGAGCGCAGCAACGGGAGGAACGGGCGCGAGACAGGGACCUCCAGCUGCGGCUGUUAUCUGUCCUCACCGAGAUCCGCGACGAGCUGCGGUCUUUGAGGCAGGAACGGGCAAGUCCCCGACAGGAGCGAGCUUCACAAACCGGCGUGGAGUUCGCCUCACCGUCUCUGCGUCUGAAACCGGAGACUUCCCCUCCCGAGACGUCGUCAGAACACGCCCCACUGCUCUAUCCCGGGAAAACCGAAAAGCUCACGGGACAAUCUUUACAGAAUGGUGGACAGGGAGAGAGGGGCGUUGGGUUCCGAAGUCCUCAGGGUAUCCGGCGGCGGGGCAGGGGGCGUCCCCGAGGGUCGACGUCUCGUCACAAAAGGGUUUUGUGAGCGACAUGGAAGGCAGGCGCACACUUGCAAAGCCCAGGACUGAUCGACGUAUCGUGUGCAAGGAGCCAAAGACGAGCCGCGUGCCUUGAACGGCCCGGGUAUCCAACGGGCGCGAAAAGCAUCGCGGUCUGUUUCCUCGUACGAGACUUUUAACAAAAGUAUGUUGCGGUGCCUCAGAACACGCAGUGCGAAUGGCUUGAGCUUUCUCGAUAACGUGGGAUGAAUUGGUGGUACAUGCGGCGAUUGAUACAUGAUCUGCGUGCAGCUAAACGUGCGCGCUUUACAGGUAGUGUCCACUGAAAGUUACGACACUGAAAAAGGUUCUCCACACUUAUGAUCGUGGCAGCCUCCCCCUCAUCAUGUGAUCAAAAGUCAGACACUCGGCAAGCGGCACACACUUACGACUACUGCCGCAUCCCAGGGUCACGCGAUCUCCUUUUGCAACCGGCUGACAAGCCAGCUUUGCUUAACAAACAUGUUACUAACAACUGCAGGGAUUCAUUUAAGCCAGUGGUUCUCAACCUUUUUAAUGCCACGAC